AUGGGCGUUCCCCCGCACGAGACCGACAAGUCCAAGGGGACGAGCUUUAGGCCCGAGAAGUACGAGGAACCCAGCUUGUUCAGACAUCUCGCCGUGCCAGUCUUCAUCUAUACAUCAGCCAUGUCGGUGAUCUUUCUUGCUAUCUUUUGGGCCUUUGGCCUCGGGGAGUCCAAGGCCAUCGCGACUCCGUCCCAGGCGCAGGUCAUCAACCAGACCUCGUUUAACGUGCUCUCCUCCGUGCCGCCACCGACCGUAGCCAACGGCACUACUCCGUUUAUCCCUCCGGGUACUUCCAAGCAGUCGCUGAUGGAAAAGCCUUUCCACAUCUACGAUGACGAGUUCAGGGCUGUCCUCGGAGACAAUCCAACUCUCUCGUUGAUUGCGCGCACCGACAAGGAUCCCAUCUUCCACGAAGCCGUUGUCUGGUCCAAGUCGACAGACGAAGCUUUCUUCGUACAAAAUGCUGGCGCCCCUGCCGCGGGUACUGGCCUCAACAAGUCCAGCAUCAUCCUCAAGAUCAACAUCUCCGAGGCAGCCGCAGUCUCGAGCCAGCGUAAUGCAUCAGGUCAAGUCAAGGUUACAACCGUCCCUUCGAACCCAAUGGUUGUCAACCCCAAUGGUGCGACGAACUACAGAGGUCAGAUCGUCUUCGCGGCCGAGGGCCAGGGCGCUGACAUUCCGUCGGCUCUGACUUUGAUGAACCCUCGCGCGCCCUACAACACUACGGUCAUCCUGAACAACUUCUUCGGUCGCCAGUUCAGCUCGCUCAACGACGCCGUGGUCCAUCCUGUCAAUAAGGAUCUGUACUUCACUGACACACUAUAUGGCUACCUCCAGGACUUCCGGCCAACGCCAGGGAUCCGAAACCAGGUUUACAGGUUCAACCAAGGCACUGGCGCGGUAACAGCCGUGGCAGACGGCUUCACCUUGCCUAAUGGUGUUACCUUCUCGCCUGACGGCAAGCGUGCCUAUGUCAGCGACACUGGCAUCAACCAUGGCUUUUUCGGGUUCAACUACUCCGACCCGGCGUCUAUCUACCAAUUCGAUGUAUUGAAAGACGGUACAUGGGAUAACCGCAAGACUUUUGCAUUUGUCGACGCAGGUGUUCCUGACGGUGUUCACUGCGAUGCGGCCGGCAACGUGUAUGCUGGCUGUGGCGACGGGGUUCAGGUUUGGAACCCCUCUGGAAAACUCAUUGGCAAGAUCUUCCUCGGCACGACGGCGGCCAACUUUCAGUUUGUCGGGGAUGGGCGUAUGGUCAUUUGUGCUGAGACAGAGCUGUACUUUGCGACGGUAGCGGCAAAGGGUGACUUCGCCGUCAACUCAGCUGAGCACGAGGAGAGCAAGCUCCCCAUCCCAUCAUGGACUCCCACAGGCAAGGGCAAGGAUGUUCCCCUCAAAUUCCCCAACAUCACUGGAACCCCCUCCACAAAUUGUCCUCUAGCACUGUCUCGAUCUUGGACGAGCUCUGUGUUGGCUUCCCAGCACCUUGUCAAGGCCAGCAGAGCUGUCGUCAAGAUGGGUUUCGAUCCGUUUCCCCAGCGAAAGUUUUUCAACAGGCAGUUGGCCUUUGCGACAACGCUCAUCGCGCUGUCGUCCUUCAACUAUGGCUUCGACAACCAAGGCUAUGCAACGACACAAGCCAUGGAUCCCUUCCAGAGGCAGUUUGGGUGGUACAAUGCCAAGACUCACAGCUACUACCUCGAGCCAUCGUGGCUGUCGCUCUUCAACAGCCUGCAGUACAUUGGCUUCGCUGCCGGCGUCUUCAUCGGCUCCCUCAUCAGCGCUCGCAUCGGGCGCCGGUGGUGCAUCACCAUCAUGAGCCUCUGGGCCCUCUGCACGGCGACCAUCGCCAUCACCUCGCAACACCGCGAGCAGAUCAUGGCCUCCCGCAUCCUCAACUACGUCUACAUCGGCAUCGAGCUCUCCGUCGUCCCGGUCUACCAGUCCGAGAUCGUCCCCACCGAGAUCCGUGGAUUCGUCGUAUCCACCUACCAGCUUGCCUUGCUCAGCGGCGGCCUCGUCAUCAAUCUUGUCUGCAGGGGUACCAGCACCAUCGACGGACAGGCCGCGUUCCGCAUUCCGUACGGUCUUUUCUACUUGAUCCCUCUGAUCUCGCUGUCCGGUAUCUGGUUCAUCCCCGAGAGCCCCGUUUGGCUGCAGACCAAGGGCCGGUCGGAAGAGGCUCGUGAGAACCUCGGCAAGUUUCGCCAGGGUGUCUUCUCUGAGCAGGACAUCGAGGAGCAGUACCAGCAGAUGCGCAUUGGUAUCGAGAUCUCGCAGGAGAAGGCGCGCUUCCUCGAGAUCUUCCAGGGCAGCAACCUGAAGCGUACGCUGCUCGUCGCCUUUGCCAACUUCUUCCAGCAAGCUACCGGUCAAGUGUUUGCCAGUCAAUAUGGCACCAUCUGGGUCAAGUCGCUCAACACAGUCAGCCCCUACAAUAUGUCUGUGAUUCUCGUCUGCGUGGAUAUGUUCACGACGGUCAUUGCCAUCUUCUCAGCUGAUCGAAUCGGUCGAAAGCCCUUGUUGUACACAGGCACGGCCAUCCAGACCGUCGCCUACUUGGUCAUGGGUGUCCUUGGCUGCUUUGCACCUACCAAGGAGCUCAAGCUAGGAAUUGUAUCCUUGCUCGCGAUAGCAUCCGCCGCCUUCGCCCUCGGCUUAGCCACUCUUAUCUACGUUAUGUCCACCGAGAUUCCCACACCGAGGCUCCGCGACCAUACCGUCCGGGUAGGCUUCAUCACCAAGGUCGCAACCAACUUCGUCGUCGGCUUCUCGGUCCCCUACAUCAUCGACCCCAAGUACGGCGGCCUCGACGCCAAGAUCGGCUUCAUCUUUGGCGGCAUGUGCUUCGUCAGCCUCUUCUUUAUCUUCUUCUGCGUGCCCGAGUGCAAGGGCCGGACCCUCGAGGAGAUCGAGCUCAUGUUCCGCCACGGCGUGCCGCUGCGCAAGUUCAAGACUUUCGACACCAGCACCCUCGUGGCGGCGGCCAAGGCGGACGACGAGGAGGGGGCGCUCAAGAAGGGUGGUCAGCCUGUGCAUGUCGAGACCAAUUUCACCGUCCUAUUCGGAGUAUCAGGUCACAUUGUUGCCAGGAACGCCUCCAUCAUGGCCUCGGAGAACAAGACGGACAAUCUGCCACAUGAUGGCCAGACGUUUGACUACAUCAUCGUCGGGGGCGGGACCUCCGGCUUAGUCGUUGCAUCGCGUUUGAGUGAGGACCAGGACGUCAGUGUCUUGGUCAUCGAGUCUGGGACAGAUCAAAGUGCCAACCCUCAGGUCUUGACCCCGGGCAUGGAAGUUGAGCUGCUCGACAAUGCCGAUCUCAGGUGGACCUUUGUCUCGCCUCCUCAGGCGACGCUCAACAAUCGACCCAUCAUCCAGGCCGCGGGCCGCAUGCUGGGUGGAAGCUCGGGCAUCAACGGCUUGGUGACCAUGUACCCGAGUCGGGCUAUUGUCGAUGCUUGGGGCGCACUCGGCAACAAUGGCUGGUCUUGGGAUACCCUUGCGCCCUACUAUCAUAAGUUUGCAGUGACGUCUGCACCUCCAGAAGCUCUGCAGUCUAAGGCUCGUGCACGACAAUACUACGAUGAAUCUGUAGCGAAGAAGGACGACGCGCCUGUGAAGGUAUCAUACAGCAAGGGAUGUACUGAUGAUAACUCGGCCUGGAUCGAUACCUUUGCUGGGAUGGGCAUGCAGAUGAAGGGUGACCUCAGAAAUGGAGCGACAAUCGGUGCUUUUCAGGAGGGCAGGACUGUUGACCCUGCAACUGGCAUGAGGUCGUAUGCCGCGCUGGCCUACCUCGGCGAAGAGGUCAGAAAGAGGCCGAACCUCAUAGUGCUGACUGAGAGCGAUGUGACUCGAGUCGUGAUCAAUAAGGGCGAAGCCAGCCAAAACGUCACUGCAAAUGGUGUCGUGGUUCGCACCUCGACUGGAACUGAGGUCACAUUCCGCGCCACUCGAGAGGUCAUACUGGCCGCAGGCGCCUUUCACACGCCGCAGAUUCUCGAGCUUUCUGGUGUAGGAGACAGAGCCUUGCUUGAGAAGCAUGGCAUUCAUGUCUACGUUGACAAUCCCAAUGUCGGCGAACAUAUCCGUGACCAUCCGAUGAUCUUGCUCUCCUUCGAAGCCUCAGACAAGGCGACAUCUCUGGACAUCCUCCGCGAUCCAGCCGUACUGCAAGCAGCUGUUGCCGAGCUCACGAGCGCCGGGGACGGCUUGCUCGCACGCACGGUAGCCAGCCAAGCCUUCACCCCUCUCGUGCACGCAUCCGGAGCCAUGGAUGCCCACGCAACCCAAAACCUCUUUGAGCAGCACCUCUCGGCUCCUUCAAAGGAGCAGGAGAUCCUUCGCAGUGUCUUUGAAGACCCGGAAAACCCAGUCCUUCACUUCAUUUUCGGCCCCGGGCAGGUCAGCGUGCCUCGCACCUCGUUCCGCGAAUUCUACAACCAGAGUGCCCCCGAGAACUAUCUGACUAUCAUGCUGCUGCCUGCCCACCCGUUCUCGCGCGGCGGCGUCCACAUCACGUCCGACAGGCUUGAGGACCAGCCCGCCUGGGACCCGCGGUACAACUCGGAGGCGAUCGACAUGGAGAUUGCGGCGCGGGGCGUCAUGUUCGUCGAGAAGCUUAUCACCACCAAGCCGUUUUCCGACCUGAUCCGGGACGGCGGCAAGAGGAUGCCCGACAUCAUCGCGAACGAUCUAGAGAAGGCGAGGGAGGUUGUGAGGCAGCGCGAGACGCCCGCGAUGCAUGCGACUGGAAGCUGUGGGAUGCGGCCGAGGCAGCAGGGCGGCGUGGUGGAUGAGAGGCUCCGCGUGUAUGGGGUCAAGGGUUUGAGAAUCGUCGAUGCCAGCGUGGUUCCAUUAGAGCCGCUGGGCAACAUUCAGUCGACGGUUUACGCUGUUGCAGAACGUGCUGCAGACUUGAUCAAGGAAGACCGUGUGAACGGCCUGCCUUGA